AUGAAUGUAAUUCAAACCACCAACGCUUUACCAAUCGGCUAUUCUAAUAAAGAGAAGAGAGAUGGUCCUCUUGAUUUAUUUUCUAAUUUAGAUAUUGCUUACGCUGAGGAAAAUGAUAUGUUGAUAGCAAAUUUUGCUACUGCAUCAAGACUUUUAAAAUGUGCUAUUAAUGAAGGAUUGGUUUACGCUACUUAUCAUCAUUUAGAGAAUAAUAUAACGGGAGUUUCGGGAGUGAUUUAUGUACUACCUAAAAAAAAGAAUUUCAAAAAUGGUAAGGAAGGAGAAGAAGGAAUAAUCGAAAGGGUGACAUCUGUAGACCCUUGGGAUAUGAUAAAACCUAUUCAAGAAAGAAUGAUGUUACCUUGUCUUGAAUCUUCGAAUGUGAUCAGAGAAAUCGGAGCAUCUGAAUUAAUGAAAAUUUUAGGAAAGUGGUUGAAAUUAAAUGAUAAUAUUUUGAAUAUGAUUUGUGAAGAACUUGAAAGUUCUGUUAAAUAUCAAGAAUGGGAACAAAGCAUAAUAGAAGGUCAUCCUACUCACCCGAUGCAUAAAUCACGAAAAGCUGUCAAACCAAUUCCAGAAAUAUUACCUGGAACUUAUGAUUUCGAAACACCAACAAUUCGAUUUGUUAAAAUUUCUCAAGAAAAAGUGAUGAUACGAGGACCUAUUAAUGAAAUAUUAUUAAAACUUAUAAAUAUCAUAUCACCUAAACCUUUCUGUUCACCUAAUUAUAUUUUAAUACCUGUACAUGAAUUACAAUUACCAAAUAUUAUUAAAAAUUUUCCUUAUGUUGAAAUAUUAUCAUCAAAAUAUUCUUUAAAAUCAAUAAGUCAAGCAUCACUUAGAACAGUUUUAUUUACUCAACUUCCAGAAUAUGCAUUUAAAUUAUCUUUAGGUAUUAAAGUUACAUCCGCAUUACGUACGAUUACACCUUGGUCAACACAUAUUGGAACUGAACUUGUUCCUAUUUUUGAAAAAAUGAAUAUUGAUAAAAAUAUUUUACAUAUAGCAAAUGAAAUUGCUAGUAUAGUUUCAAAUGAAAGGGAUUAUAAUAUAGCAAAACAUUUAAGUUGUAUUGUAAGAUAUAAUAUAAAUGAUCAAAAUUCUAAAGGUGAAAGAAUUAUAAUUUGUGCAGCUUUGACGGAAAGAGAUGAAAGUGGAAAAACAUUCUUGCCACCAGCAUUAGAUAAUGGGUUUUCAUUUGAAGCCCAUCCACAAAAUGUACUUGCAAGAUUUAAUGACACUAAAUUAAAUGGAUUUGUAAUUCGAGAUUUUGGUGGAGUGAGAUUUCAUCAAGAAACAUUACGGAAAAGUAUAGGACAAAGAAUCAAUGUGUUAGAAGGUAGUGCAACUCAAGCUAAAAAUUUGAUUGAGCAAGAACUUGUUGAUGGAAAAUGUUUUUUGAGAAUGAAAUAUGAAGGAUUGUAUAGAGAUUAUAUUCAUCAACCAAAUCCAAAUUUGAUUCUUUAUAAAUCGGAAGAUGAAGGAGUCACGUUGGAUUCUUUAUAA